UCCCCUAAAAUUCACAGGAUCCCUGGCAAAAUGGAUGGCCCCUGCGAUCAAUCUCGCAACCUAUGGGCUUAGCUAUUCAAAUCUCAAUCUGUUUAUCCGAUCCCUGAAACCAUUCCAAUUCUAAUUUAUACUCUUUCAGUUUAUCCGAUCCCUGAGACCAUUCUGUCUGAGAUUUCUAAGAUUGUGUGAAAUUUCUUUUGGAGUCGAGGCAACAAUGGAAAGGGCAUCCAUAACGUAAGCUGGAAUGUAAUCACUGCAGGUAAGUCUGAGGGUGGACUUGGUAUCAGAAAUCUUUCAAUAGCUAGACACUCUCUUAUGGCAAAACAUAUUUUCCGAUAUUUGAAUAACGACAAUGUUUUCUGGGUCGAUAUUUUGAAAUCUAAAUAUGGUAACAUUAAUUUUUGGGUCGAUCAUGCCCCGCCCAAUUGCUCUUGGUUCUUCCGGGGACUGUGUAAUUCUGCUGCUCAUAUUAAACACUUUUGUAAAAUUCAAUCUAUCAAUCCCUCGAACACCUCUUUCCUGUUGGACCCUUGGUGUUUUGAUAUCCCCAUUGCCCUUAAACCCACUUUUCUUAAUAUGGAUGCUGAUUUUCAUCAUUUUAAUAUUUCUGAUAUGAUUUGUGAUAAUAACUGGGAUUUCAGUUGCUUUAGAUUCAUUUUUGGAAAUCAAAUUGACUAUUCUUUUUGUAACUUGGGUUGUAUUAAUCCCGAUUAUGAUAAUGGUUGGGUGUGGAAUCCAAAAUCUUGUAGUAGCAACAUUUCUGCUACUAUUUAUCAUCACUUGAACCACAAAUCUUCCUUUUCGGAUAAUUGGAUUGGCUGGAAAAUGCUUUGGCGGUUACAUGUUGCUCCUCAUUUGAAGCAUUUUGUCUGGCUUUGUUUUAAGGGUCGCUUAUCUACCACCGAUUUUCUUUUUAAUUUGCAUUUAGGCCCGGACAUUCCUUGCAUUCUUUGUGGUAUUUCUAAGGAAACUAUUAAUCAUUUAUUUGGGCAAUGUCCCAAAUCUAUCUUUGUCUGGGAGCAGCUCAGCAACUAUGUGAACACCACCAUCUCUUUUCCUGAGGGAUUCUCCUCAGGAAAUUGGAUCACUAAUCCCAGUUAUUCACAGUUUACUCUAGCUGUUAUUGUGGCGGGUGCUUGGUUUAUUUGGAAGAGCCGCUGUGAUGCUAUUUUCAACAAUUCACCUCCAAAUUUCUCUGUCAUUGUUAACCGAUCUAUUGCUCAUGCUAGAGAACAUUCUAACAGCAACAGAUGCCUCCUUGGCAAAAAAACUCAUUCUAUACAACUUCUCUGAAGCUGAUGAUCAUUUUCUAUUCACCCAUGCGAUUCUCAAUGAGAGCAGACGGCCUGCAGAUGAUAACUCUUCAGAAGCCUUGCUCGCUUUGGAUGUUGUUCUCCAAUUUGCGCUGGACUUUCAACUUCCUGUCAAGCAUAUUUUUAGCGCCUAUCAUACUAAUUUAGCCAUGUUGCAGAGACCUGAUCAUGUUAUAGCUUGGCGUCUACACUCUCAAAUUUCCAAUAUCAGGUCUCUUCUGGAUAUGACUGGCAAUGCUCACAUUCAUGAAAUUCCGCACUCCUGGAUGGCUCCAGCAACUUUGCUUGCUUCUUAUGGUCUUGUGCAUCAAUCUCUUAACCUCUUCUUGUUUGGAAAAGAUCUUCCCUAUUGGAUUAUGAAAUCCUUCUUUGAUUUUGGUUUUGUUUUUUAAUUCUGUUUGUUGCUAGUUGUUUAUAUUGGUGUUUUUUGUAGUUUUUUUUUUGUUCAGCUCUGUCCUUUAUUUCAUAAUAAAUCAGCUUCUCAGUUGAGAAGUUCUUUAUCAAAAAAAAAAAA